AUGCACAAAUAUCCUAAAUACUACUGGAAAAUUCUUCGAAGAAACCAUAUUUAUCCAAACUCGAAAUCUCUUAAACGCCACGCACAAAAUGUUAUUGACUCUAUUCGUCCUCGCAUUCCGUUAUUGGAAUUCAACAUUUCACAAAGAUCUCCUGUAUUAUAUGAAUUAUCACCUAACGAACACAAUCUUUUCACCGAUUAUGUUACCACAGUUAUCAACAAACGCACAAAAAACUUAAUAUCAGAUCUCACUAAAAGUUUAAAAACUACAGAAACACAGCACAACUUUCCUAACAACCCUGAGAGUUAUGUGUUUAAUCAUUCUUCAAUAUCGUUGACAAAUGUACAAUUAGAAGCCUUAUCUUUGGGAAUAAAAUUCUGCGACAUAAAUGAAAAAGUUAACAAAAAUCAACACACAUGUUCAAUUCGAAAACUUAAUCAAACAAACAAAUGGUCUUAA